AUGGAAAAGAAUCGAGUAAAGGCUCGAACACCUAUCAGUCGUCAGAAUGCUAAAUCUGUAGGUGGUUUUAAGAAUUCUCAGAAUUUCCCUGUUAUUGAAAGAAAAGGAAACUCCAUAGGAUUUGAUAAAUUCAAGGAUGGAUUUGUGAACUCAAUGGAAAACACCCCAGUUCGACGGACAACAAAUAGAAAAGGCGAUCCAAAUAGUAGCUGUAAUCGUAAGUGUCAAAGCACCGAAAGCUAUAGAACAAGAACUAAGCUUGAAAGUUCUGAGAGAGCUAAGGGAAUGUGUUUUUCACCAGCUUUCAAAUUAAAAUUUAGCCAUAACGUAUUUAUUUCUUUGGGUUCACUUUUAGAGCUACAGAAAAAGUAUUACCUUAAAGGAGUAAUUGGGCAGGGUUCCUAUGGAGUUGUAAGAGUUGCAGUAGAGAGUCAGACAAAAGCAAUCCGGGCAAUAAAAAUAAUGAAUAAGAACAAGAUCAGACAAAUUAAUCCAAAAGAUGUGGAAAGAAUUAAGACGGAGGUUCGCUUAAUGAAGAAAUUACACCAUCCAAAUAUUGCUCGUCUUUACGAAGUUUAUGAGGACGAGCAAUACAUAUGUUUGGUUAUGGAGCUUUGCCAUGGUGGGCAUUUGUUGGACAGACUUAAUGUUUCUAUUGAUGAUUCUACAGGGAAAUGCGUGCUAGAUAUGGGUGAAACUCAAAUAUGCCCUUGCCCAGAAUGCAACGAAGAGGCAAUAAAUGGAACUGUACGAGGGUUUAGAACAUCUUUAGAAUUCAUGCAAAGGGAAGAACUUAUUUCUAAAAUUAUGCGUCAGAUUUUUAGUGCUCUUCAUUAUCUUCAUAAUCAGGGAAUUUGCCAUAGAGAUAUUAAACCUGAAAACUUUUUGUUUUCUACUAAUAAGAGUUUUGAAGUCAGGCUUGUUGACUUUGGCCUAUCUAAGGAGUUUUAUAAAUUGAACAAUGGAGAGUUUUAUGGGAUGACUACAAAAGCUGGAACACCUUAUUUUGUUGCUCCUGAAGUUCUUAAUAGCACAAAUGAAUCUUAUGGCCCAAAAUGUGAUGUUUGGAGUGCAGGCGUGCUACUUCAUUUAUUACUUAUGGGAACUGUACCAUUCCCAGGGGCAAAUGAUGCAGACACUAUUUCACAGGUAUUAAAUAAACAGCUUUGUUUUGAAGACUCAAACUAUAACAUUCUUUCUUCUCUCGCGAAAGAUUUACUUUCAAAGCUACUAAAUCGUAACGUAGAGGAAAGAUUGGAUGCUAAGAGAGCUCUACAGCACCCUUGGAUAAGUCAGUUUUCUGAUGGAAUUUAUAGAAUGAGUUCUAUUGGUGAAAUUGAAACACAUGAAUUACAUUCAUCUAAGAACAAUCUGUUUGGAACCACUGAGCACAGCUCAUUUCAAAUUUCAAUGCUUAAGUCUUUAAGAAGAUAUUACGUCUCUCCUCUGUUAAAAAAGAUUGCCUUGACUGUAAUCGCAAGGUAUUGCCCAGAUAAAUGGAUAGAAAACCUAAGAAACGUCUUUUAUAAAUUAGACACCCGACAAAUUGGUAAAAUUAAACUUUGCGAUUUGCGUGUCGCCACUCAGCAAAUCGCAGCUCAACAGAAACUUAGAGUUCCACAGCAUCACAUAGAUCUUCUUUUGGAUGCAGUAGAUAGCGAUGGAAAUGGGGAAAUCGACUACAUUGAAUUUGUUGCUGCCGCAAUUUCUCCGAGACUAUCUUGCAGGAAGGAUGUAUUAACUAUGGCUUUUAAAAUGCUGGACCAGGAUGAAGAUGGACUAAUUUCUACAAGAGAUAUCAAAAAACUAAUUAGUAAUGAAAAAAUUUUACUAAGCUCCGCAACAGUACUCGAAGCUGGAGAGGACAGCAUUUUAGAAGACCUUAAUGUUGAAGUCACCAGGAUUACUGGGAAAGGGAAUGGGAAUGUCACGGGAGUUUCUUUUCAGGCAUUUGAAAAACUACUUAACACAAGUUACGACAAGGUUUGUAGGUGCUAUCACGGCCCUAGAGAGGGGGAGAGCAGAGGAGUGCUUCCAGUAUGUGGUGAAGACAGUAUGGAUACUUGGUAUGAUGACUUACUUUCUUGCAAUACAGAAAAUGAAAAUCCGGGACAAUUUUUAAUAGAAAAUGAGCCAAAGAUGAUUCAAAAAAAGGCUUCACUGUAUGUUUGCAGGCGUACAGGAUUUCGAGAUUUGCUAGCUUUGACUCAGGGAGCCGAGAAAAAGAAUAAAUUUCAAGCGGACAUGAGUAGGAAGAGAAGUCUGGUAAACCAUCAAGAAAGAGAUGAUUGGUAUAAUAGAGAUGGACCUCAAGGUGAUGGCAAAAGUAGAUGCGAAAUAAACGAACAGUGUAAUCUAGGGAUCGUAGGGUUUAUUGGAAAUGGAUUGGGGGUGAGAGUGGGAGGAAAUACAAAGAACCCCUCCAAAGUUCUGCUUUGUGAUAACUAA